AGCAUUCUUCACCAUGAAGGGGACACUUCUUCUGCUGGGCUUGCUCGUGACUGGAGGGCUGAUCUUCCAGACAACAGAAGCAUGUGUUCCUUUCUUCGAAGGCUAUGCAAGUGUUGUCUCUGGAAGUAGGGUGUGGAUGUAUCAAGAACUCCAGGCAUUCAAUGCUACUGCAGAGGAAAAGGUGGCCUUUGAAAAAAUCCAGGGCUGCUACAGAGAGGAAAGUUUAAGAAACAGACUUCUAGAACCCAAAAUUAUGGAAGCCAUGGUUGCCGGCCCAGAAUGGCAGCAAUUCUAUACUGACGGCAAUGUAAUAACACCCAUUGUAGAACUUAUAGACAAGCAAUUAGGACAAUAGAUGUUAAUGUGUUUUGGGCAACCCAUCUUUGCAAAAUGUCUGAUCCAAGUGCCAUCUUGCUGACCUGUCCUCUUUCUCUCCUGAAGUUGGAUUCCUGAUCCUGUUCUUUCAUCAUCCAGUCUCUUAGACUGAUUCUAAUAAAGGCUUGCAGCUCAGUUCUGUG